CGUAGCAUUCCCCCUGCUCUCCUUUUUGACUGAUCAGCUGAUGAAGAGACUAGCUGCACGCUGCUCUGCCGGGUUGUUAAUUUUAUCCCCUCUAACAGUGAUUGCUGAUAGCCGGCCUACUGAUUUCAGACAGGGUACAAGGGAAAAUAACCUGGAGGAGAUGGAAGAGGAAAUCCAUGCAAAGAAACGCAGAGGGAGGCGACGUGUCCUCAAGGAUCCUGGCAAGGAAGACGGAGAGAAAGUAAAAAAGAGGCGUGGUCGACCCCCAGCAGAAAAGCUUUCCCCAAACCCACCAAAGCUCACCAAGCAGAUGAAUGCCAUCGUGGACACCGUCAUCAGCUACAAGGAUGGGUCUGGCCGACAGCUUAGCAAAGCUUUCAUCCAACUGCAGUCCAGGAAGGAACUUCCAGAGUACUAUGAGUUGAUCAGGAAGCCUGUGGACUUCAAGAAGAUUAAGGAACGUGUUCGUAACCACAAGUACAGGAGUGUAGAGGAUCUGGAGAAGGACGUUCUGCUCCUGUGUCACAAUGCUCAGACCUUCCAUCUGGAGGGAUCCCAGAUCUAUGAAGACUCCAUUGUGCUCCAGUCAGUGUUCGAGAGCGCUCGGCAGAAGAUUGCUGAAAAGGAACAGAGGGAAGAGGAGAGUGCUGGUGACACUGAUGAAAUUGAGUCAGAAUCAGAGUCAAAAGCUAAAGUCAAGCUUGGCAAAAUGGAUGAGUCCUGGAAUGAUGUGGAAAAGAAAAGUCCGAGCCGGGGCAUAGCCAAGCCCACUCUUAGUGAGGAUGACAGUGAUGAAGACCGUGACAGUCAUGUCCAGUGUAAAAUCCCGAGAGUACGGGGAGUUAAGAAGAGAGCGGAGGAUCACAGCUGA